GGAUUUCCCAUGCGUUGAUCCUCCAUCUCACGCGUUUGCAUCUGGUCUGCUUUACGUUGGCAUUUACUCGAUGCCGUCCAUUCAUUUCUAAUCACGACGUCAAAUCUUGACCUGAUUCCGACUCGACGCUCGCUUUACUCUCUGUCUGCCCUCGACGGUGUUUUCCAAUAUAUCAACGUAAAACCUUGACGGCAUUUCUCACCCUCCGAGGCAACAUGCGCUUUUUCACGGUUUUCACCGCCUUUGGCUUUGCUGCUCUGGUCGUAGGCCAAGAAGCCAGCAGCACAACGAGUUCUCCCACGUCACUUGCCUCGAUCGACCCUCAGAUUGGAUGUCUGCAGAAGUGUGGAUCUGCAGAUGUCUGUUGUCAGGCUGCUUGCGUCAACGUGCCUUGUCCGAGUCAAUUGCAGGCCAACGCCACGACCGAAUGUGCCGCAGCUUGUCCUCAAGGUAAUGGAACAGCCGAAGAGACUAAGGAAUAUGCCGAUUGCCAAUCGGCGUGCAUCAGCUCCUUGUUUAUGACAGCCACAACAACGGGAGGUUCAACAGAACCAACGAGCGGGAGUAGCAAUACAGCAUCCGUUGGGUCAAAUGCGGCAACCACCACCGCUUCCUCUGGAUCUGAAGAUUCAGCAGACACGACCUCAUCGGGUAAUGCCGCAGGUGCAACAUCAACAGGAAACAGUGCACCAGAAGCUAUCCACAAGAACAUAAUUGGACUUGGAUUCAUUGGGCUGGUUAUUCUGGGGGUGGCUGUAUAAGCAGCCAGGAAUUCUCGCCGAUGACACAUCUUACUUAUCCUUCUGAGUUGUCAAGUCUGGAUUUGUUUGUGUUCAUGAUGACCUGCGGAUGUUUUGUUCUUACCUUCUGCUGAAGCUGGCGUUGCGGAUUCUUGAUACGACGGGCUCAGGAAGCGCGAUUAGAGAAAAAAUUGAGAAAAAAGUUUCCGACUGGACUCAAAGCUUGUGACAUCAGUGUAGAUCCAUGAGUGUGUCUGUAUUGUAUAUGAAAUUAU